UCCUUUUAACACUUCCAAUUUUUGAAGUAAACUUUCGUUUCUGCAAAUUUGUCACCACCACGGAGAUGUUGCAUUGUUACGUUAUUGCUUUCGUUUUGGUGUUUUCACCAUUUAUUGCAAUAUCAAACGCAAGUGCUGGUGAUGCUGAUCCACGAUACAGGAAUUGUGUAAAAGAAUGUGAUGAAAGUGGAUGCAUUGGGAAAAGAUGUUUUCCAAACUGUAAAAUUUCUGCAGAUGAAGUGCCUGUUAUUGGUCCUCCAUGGGGCAUGUUAGAGCCACUUUAUGCACGAUGGAAAAAGGCGCAUUGCAAAAGUAACUGUCACUACUAUUGCAUGCUUGAUAGAGAAAAAGAUAGGGAGUUACUAAAUAAUGAGCCAGAAAAAUACCAUGGUAGAUGGCCCUUCAAGCGUAUAUAUGGAAUACAGGAUCCUGCUUCCAUGGUUUUUUCUUCCCUCAAUCUUGUAAUGCAUUUACAUGGUUGGAUGUCCUUUUUCACUCUUAUAUACAAUAAACUUCCUCUAAAGGCACGCAAGAGGCCCUACUAUGAGUAUGCUGGUUUAUGGCAUAUUUAUGGGCUCUUGUCCUUGAAUUCCUGGUUUUGGAGUGCAAUUUUUCAUAGUAGAUAUUGUGAGAUAAUAGAGAGGCUAUACCACUUUUCUGCAGUUGCCCUCAUUGGAUAUUCCUUGAUUUUGGCCAUUUUAAGAAGCUUCAAUGUAAAAGAUGAAGCUACUAGAGUUAUGAUUCCUGCUCCAUUGAUAUCUUUUGUAGCCACUCAUAUAAUGUACCUCAACUUCUAUAAACUAGACCAUGAAUGGAACUUCAAAGUUUGUCUAGCAAUGAGUGUAGCACAACUUGCAACAUGGGCAAUUUGGGGUGCUGUUAGUCACCAUCCAUCACGAUGGAAGCUUCGUUUUGCUGUUCUUAUGAGUGGCCUAGCAGUGUCCCUACAGAUAUAUGAUUUUCCUCCAUAUGAAGGACAUGUGGAUGCACAAGCUCUUAGGCAUGCCAUUACUGUUCCUCUUACCUAUCUUUGGUGGAGUUUCAUUAGGGAUGAUGCUGCAUUUCUAACCUCUGAACGUUUAAAGAAUUCCAAGAAAUCUAAAUAGCUUGUGUUUAUUUCAAACUUCUGAUUUUCCUAUUUGUUUUUAUUUAACAAAUUUAGAUGUUCA